AUGGUUUUAAUAAAAGCGGAGAAUAACGAAGGGAAAAAUGUUGGGGAAGGUAAAUUUAGUCCAUUUUUUUUUGUUCUGUUUGGAGAUAUACAAUAUGGGAUGAUAAGAGGGAAUCACGGGUGGUAUGAAGAAAGAAAAUUACUAAAGGAAGCUAUAAAAAAAACGAACAAAUUAAAACCACCAUUUGUUGUAGCCAUGGGUGAUUUAGCAAAUAAAUUUCCUAUAGAUGAAUUACAGAAUGAACAAUAUAAAGAUUUAAAAACUGAUUUGGAAGAAUUAGAUAAAUCAAUCGAUUUAUAUGUUUUUUGUGGAAAUCACGAUGUUGGAAAUGAACCAACACAUGAGACGAUAAGUAAUUUUGAAAACAUUUGGGGAGACUCGUAUUACAGCUUUAUAUAUAAUAAUUGUGGAUUCAUAAUUUUAAAUUCUGCUGUUUUUUUUAAUGAGACUCAUGUACAAGAUUUAAAGGAAAAGCAAUUGUUAUGGUUAGAAGAAACUUUAAAAAACAUGGUUUCCAAAAAUGUUAAGCACAAAUUUUUACUUUUACAUCAUGCACUUAUGUAUGAUAACAUAUAUGAAGAUGAAAAUAUUGGUUUGAUCUAUGGAGAUAAGUUUCAUAACUAUUCAGAGAAAAACAAAUUUCAUAUUAAAAAGGAAACGAGAUUAGUUAUAUAUGAAUUAUUAAAAAAAUACAAAGUUAAUAAUGUCUUUUGUGCACAUUUACAUGGUAAUAGGGAGAAAAAUAUUGAUGCGAAUAUAAAACAAGUAACCAUUUCUGCAGUCGGAAUGCAGGUUACAAAUGAUCGUUCUGGUUUAUUAAUCGUACAGGUAUUAGAAGAAUGUGUGGAUUAUAAGUAUUAUCCAUUUCAAUUCGUUCCAAAUUUAAUAAAGGUUUAA